AAAUUUUUUUUCGGUACAAAAAAUUCCGCUCAAUAAAAACAAGUGUGAAUUAACAGAAUUAAAAAUCCAUUGUUGGUAAUUUUUCGCGACAAAAGCGGAAUGUUUGCACAUUGAUUUUUCCUCCUGAAACUCUCGCUUUCAUCACCAAUCCUUGAGUUCUAGGUUAUUUCCUUUUUUGCCGUUAAUUAUAAUAAGUUUCUCACUUUAUGUCUCAUCAAAUUUACAGUCCAUUGUUUGGAAAAUUGCGAUCAGAUUUAUUGUUGGACUUUUCCAGAAUCUGGAAAUGAGGCUUGCGCACUGCCAUGACGUUUUCCUUUCCAGAGUCGAACUGGAAAAGCAUUGUUCAGGUCAUGUUUGGGUAUUUAACCAAGAGGACGAUGAAGUCCCCCAACCAGAAUGCGCCUUAAAACCGACAUGAGCCUUUUGGAGAAGCGCCAAAAAUCCCACAUUUUCCCCCAAAUUUUGGCCACCACAAUCGUCUCCUGGUUAUCAAUAAUAGUCGGCUACUCCUCAGCUUACUACUCCCCGGCGGAGUCAACAAUGAUCCCUGACUUAAACAUAACAAAAAGUGAGGCAUCCUGGGUGUGUAGUCUCCUCCCAGUGGGUGCCAUCAUCGGGAGUCUCUCCGGGGGGCCUUCAUUGGACUUUCUGGGCCGGAAACGCACCCUAAUCCUCACAGAUGUAAUUUUUUUAACAGCUUGGACCCUCAAUUAUUUCGCAAAAACUUGUUGGUUCAUGUACUCAAGUCGGAUUUUGAACGGUUUGAGUGUUGGAAUUGCGUCAUUUGCACUUCCGGUUUACUUAGCCGAGACUUUGGAACCGGAAAUAAGAGGACGGCUGGGAUUAUUCCCCACAGCAUUUGGGAAUUUCGGGAUUUUGUUGUGUUUCAUCACAGGAAGUGUGUUUGAGUGGAGGGAAUUGGCAGGGAUUGGAGCUUUAUUAACGGUUCCUUUUUUGGUGGUUAUAUGGGUGGUACCUGAGACACCACGUUGGUACAUGUCAAAACGGAGGGUUCAAAGUGCCCGAAAGGCCCUCAAAUGGUUCCAUCACUCCGAAAUCAAUAAAGAAUUACAAGAGUUGUACCAAAAUAAACCAAAAGUGAGAUACACGAAAUCCCAUUUGAAGGUUUUUGGGAUUGUUUUGGGAUUAAUGUUUUUUCAACAGUUUAGUGGGAUUAACGCUGUUAUUUUCUACACAACUCAGAUUUUCCAAGAGUCAGGUUCGUCCUUGAACGCAUCCUUGUGUACUGCAAUCAUCGGAUUGGUCAAUUUUGUGUCAACUUUCAUCGCAGCUGUCUUUGUUGAUAGGUUAGGACGCAAAGUCCUUAUGUACACUUCUAGUGUCGUUAUGGCCGCAAUGUUGGCAAUCCUUGGUUUGUAUUUUUUUCUGUUGAGACAAGGAGUCGAGUUAGGGUCAUUCGAGUGGCUUCCACUCUCCUGUUUUAUUUUCUACGUUUUGGGGUUUUCGUUCGGUUGGGGGCCCAUUCCAUGGCUCAUGAUGGGGGAGAUUCUUCCAGCGGUGAUCCGGGGUCAAGCAGCGUCCAUCUCGUCGGCGUUCACGUGGAGUUGCACUUUUAUUAUUACAAAGACGUUUCCGGUUUUUGUCGAUUCAGUUGGCACACAUUACGCCUUCUGGGUUUUCUGCAUUCUAUUGAUUUGCUCGAUGGUUUUCCUCAAGUUGGCAGUACCGGAAACUAAAAAACGCACACUAGAAGACAUUGAGAGGAUAUUGGCCUGUAAUUAGCAUUUGUACAUAAUGUAUUC